AUGAACAGAACUGUUCGCCCUGCACCUCCACCUCCGCCUUUGCCGCCUUUGCAUGCCAAAUCAUUCAGUUCAACCAUGGCCGUACCGCAUCUGCGUUACCCUCCUGGAUCUCUGUUGCCAAAUCUUCCUUAUGGUUCUUGCAGUGCUCCUGAUAUCUCCUCCGAUUUGCCUUAUGCGAUGGACAGUUCAGCAUUAUCCACGGUUCCUGAAGAAGAACAGGACACUUUUGGUUCGACUUCUGGGCAAAGUAGUCCACCUCAAAGCAUGUCCACUGUGCAAACUAGGAUUCCGGCUGAUUCAAAUGCUCAUUCAGAUCGUACUAGUCGUAGUAGUGACGUUACCACUCCAACCUUAUCCUCCACUUUUUCAAACUCCUUGCAACGACUAUCUCAUUCAGAUCGUUCGGUGAUGCCUAGCACACUUCCCAGACCAACAAGAAAGGUGAAAAGACGACGCGGUCCACGAGGACCUCCGCCACCUCCACCGCCAAUCCCGCCUUUUCGAGAGACAAACGCACAAUCGCGAAGCUGUUCUGGUUCAGAUAGCGAUGAUUUGCUGCUGAUGGAGGAUACAUGUGGUCAGGAAGCUCGGGUGCUUGGUGUACAUCCAGCAUAUGGGACAAUGUCUAACAUGAGGCCUAUAGUUCAACCGGAAGGGAUGACUCGUGAAACCCGGGAAAGCUCUGUGGCUUCCAGUCUGACCUCAUCGUUGCCUGACUAUACGAUUCGACACUCACCCGAGGACACGGAGCUACUCGAGCGUACACUAGGCGCCUCGCUUGAUUUACAAGGUCUCUCGCAAUCGGAAAUGCGUGGUGCCACAAUACCCUGUCAUGGAUCGGGUAUUACUGUCGUAGGUCAGACAUCAAAAGCUCCCUGUAGUUCUACACCUGAACCACUCUCGGCGCACUGGGUCAGUCCAACGGAUUGUGUUCCUGGCUACACACCAAAGGAACUAGCCGAAGCGGAACAUAGUUUGCAACAGCUCGAAGCUUCAUUGCGUCGAGAGGGUCGACCGGAACGUGAAAGACAGUUUUCGCUAGACGAGGAGCGAGCUUUUUCCUUGAAGCCUGCACCACCAAAACGGUCCCCGUUGACUGUUCUGACUGGGUGA